UUGAGGAGCUCCAGGCUGCAAACAUCUCAACUACACAUGAAGCAAACUUCCACUCAUUGUAUGUCUGCAGCCGUCAAGUGCCAAAACUCCUCUUUGUCACCCCGGCAAAGGAUUAGAGAAGAAAAUAGCAAAACCAUCAUCCCUGAAUGGAAUAUGAUCCUCCUUUAUUCAAGCCCUGAUUAUAGAAAUGACAUCAGAUGAUGCAUGAAGCUCCUCCGCCACCACAAACAUUUUCCCAUUCAAUGAAGACAAAAAGCAACCUGGAAAAGAUCAUGUGAGGUCACGUGUCAGCCAAAUGAGGAUGAUGAUGAUGACGUAUGUUUAAUGAGCAGAUCAAACGCCGUGUAUGUGUGUGUGUGUAUAUGUGUGUGUAUAUGUGUGUGUGUGUGUUUCAGGGGGCAUUAUAAAAGGUCCGGAGGUCGAAUGUGAAGUCAUUUUCGUGACUGAUCAUCAAACAAGCUCCUGUCACCAUCCGGGACCAUAAGAUGCAGAUGUCCCACACGCACGUUCCGUACCUCUUCAUCAUGUUUCUGGUGGUCUUUCCAACAGGACUUUGUGAACAAAACCAGAGUCGCAGAUCUGUCACUGAGCACCAGCUCAUGCACGACCGUGGACGUAACAUCCAGACCCUGAAGAGACUCAUCUGGCUUUCCAGCGCCAUCGAGGAUCUCCACACCGCCCAGGUCCGCUCAGCUGACUUCAGACCCAGAAAGACCCUAAACUUGGCUCUGGACCCGGAUCUCGUGAUUCCGGCCGCCACCAAAGGACCCCAAGCCGAUCAAGUGCAGAAACUCCUGAGAGACUUCUUAACUCGUCCUCUGUUGUCAGAGCGAGAGUCCUGAACACACAUUGACGUAAAGUCACACGUCGCCAUGACAACAUGCAAAUAAAAACACACGUACUGUAGCUAGAUCUACAGCGAUACCUCCAAAGUACAACGUCAUUUGUUGGUAAGCUUGUCUGAAUGUUUUGAUGCUAGUCUUUGGAUGUUAGCUAUAAUGUUUAACGCUACAUGCUAACUACAUUAGAAUUUGCUUCGUGUACUUAAUUCAUGUUUAUCAAAUUUUAAUGUACUGAGCAGCGAGAUGCUUUCCUAUGUUAUAGUAAUCUCUUUCUAUGGUUAUCGGUGCAUCUUUUUGUUUUGCUAUCACUGGUACCCUUCUGCAGUGGCAUCACAUA